AUGUCUUCAGUUUCGCCAACACCAGAUUCUUCUCAACCGGAAGCUUCAUCAAAUAACGAGACUAACGGUGACCUGACUCUUGAAGGAAAUUCACCUCAAGAAUUGAUAACAUUUACUGAAUCAGUAUUCCAACAACUACAAUCAAAAUUUGAUGACUUUUCAACAAAUUUAGUCACAAAAAUUGAUGAAAUGGGUUCACGAAUUGAUUCACUCGAAAAAUCUUUAGGAGAGUUAUUGCAACAAGCUGAACCAGAAGAAAUUAUAAACGAUGAAAAAAAUCCUAUUUAA